UUUAUAUGCACAUACAUUGCUCUCAUCAACAUUUCUUAGUUCUCGUAGCAUUUUUAGUUCGAAAAUAUUAAUAUUUCUCCGUGUACUGCACAGCUUAUCACCACACUGAAACUUGCUGCCAAGAUAUGUCUGCGGCACAAUCUAUCGUCCACAAGUUUUCGAUCAAGAAAUAUUCCCCCGAGCCUGGUUUCCAGACUUUCUUAUUUAAUCCGAUCUCGGAGACAUGGAUACGAAGAAACGGCGAUAAAUCUUCGUGCAUAACAAAUCGGAACAUCCGGUACUCAGUAUGGCAACAUGAUGUAAAACUUAAAAGGAAUUUUGUCGUCUGCUCAAAUGGUGUUCCACCGGAAUCUUCUGCGUCUUCCGGUGGUCUUCCCGGAGGAAUUCCAGGCUCUUGGAAGAGUUGGCUGCUGGGAAUUGUGGUUACUGUUAUCAUACCCUUGAUGACUAACAAGUGGGGAGCAAUAUUAACAUGGACAAAAAAAAUCGAAUCCGCGGUGCAGACGGUGGAGGACAUGGUGGAAGCGGUGGAAGAGAUCGCAGAGAAGGUGGACAAAUUUACCGAAAACAUAGCGGAUGACUUGCCGGAGGGGAAACUCAAGGAAACGCUUGAAAAGAUUGAAAAUGUAGCAGAAAGAGUAGCCCAGGACGCGGAUCGCCUUGACGAUAUGAUCGAUAAGGUUCAGGAAGCGGAAGAUAAGUUGGAAGCUUAUAUUGAGGAAGAACAGAACAAAUCGGCAGCUAAAAAAGAGCAAGAAAAGAAAUCUUGAGUCAAAUAGAUAAAUAUUGAGCGGUGAAUUUAAAAUCAAAUUAUGAUUCAUUUGUGAGUCGAUUAAAUUAAUUGGUCGUGUUUAAUUUGGGACUAAUUGCUGUCUUUUAUGAGGCGAAAGUGUACCGGCAAAGCGACUUCGAAGAGAUUAAGGAAUAAUUUCCCUGUUGUAAUUCGCUAUAUUUUUUUCGUUAACAAAUCAAUUUUUCAUAUUAA